GUUUCCCCACCCAGCCAUGUAGUCACGUGAUGCGUCAACUUUCACCCAGGAUGUCUACCUCUCGACUUCCCCUUAGCAACCAAGUGGCGGCGCUCGGUUCCCCAGCAACCGGGAGACUCAAGUACUGCGUGGAACCAGCCCGGUAACCGGCGCUUGAGAAGGAAAAUUCCGGGUCUGUUUUCCGUGAAGCAGCUAUUCUGUUGACAGUUGUGUAAAACUCUGCUGCUUUCCCCCACCUCCUACCUCUGGUCUUCACCAACACUACCCUCAGGGAAGCUGUCGGGGAAGAUGAACCGGCUGUGCGACUCAAUGGAACCAAGAGUGAUGGAUGACGACAUGCUCAAGCUGGCUGUGGGGGAGCAGGGCCCCCAGGAAGAGGCUGGGCAGCUGGCCAAGCAGGAGGGCAUCCUCUUCAAGGACGUCCUGUCCCUGCAGCUGGACUUCCAGAACAUCCUUCGCAUUGACAACCUCUGGCAGUUUGAGAACCUGAGGAAGCUGCAGCUGGACAAUAACAUCAUUGAGAGGAUCGAGGGCCUGGAGAACCUCACGCACCUAGUCUGGCUGGAUUUGUCCUUCAACAACAUCGAGGCCAUUGAGGGUCUGGACACGCUGGUGAACCUAGAGGACCUGAGCUUGUUCAGCAACAGGAUCUCCAAGAUUGACUCUCUGGAUGCCCUCGUCAAGCUGCAGGUGUUGUCCCUGGGCAACAAUCAGAUCGGCAACAUGAUGAAUAUCAUCUACCUGCGGCGGUUCAAGUGCCUGAGGACGCUCAGCCUCUCAGGGAACCCUAUCUCCGAGGCAGAGGAUUACAGGAUGUUCAUCUGUGCCUACCUUCCUGACCUCGUGUACCUGGACUUCCAGCGCAUCGAUGACCACGUGGCAAAGCUGGCAGAGACCAAGCACCAGUACAGCAUCGACGAGCUAAAGCACCGGGAGAAUCUGCAGCAGGCCCGCCUGGAGGAUGAGAAGGCCCAGCGCGAGGAGCUGGAGAAGCACAAGGAUGCAUUUGUGGAGCUCCUGAACGGCUCCUUCCUGUUUGACAGCAUGUACGCGGAGGAUGUGGAGGGCAACAAGCUAUCCUACCUGCCCAGCGUCGGCGAGCUCCUCGAGGCCUACAAGGACAAAUUUGUCAUCAUCUGCCUGAACGUUUUUGAGUACGGCAUGAAACAGCAGGAGAAGCGGAAAACAGAGCUUGACACCUUCAAUGAAUGUGUCCAUGAGGCCAUCCAGGAAAACCAGCAGGAGGGCAGGCGCAAGAUUGCCAAAUUCGAGGAGAAGUACUUGCUGGGUUUAAGUGCCAUUCGAGAGGAGUCCGAACUGCCCAACGUCAAGAAGAUGAUCAUGGAGUGCAGCGAAGACAUCACUGAACUGUCCAACACACUCAUGACGCUGGAGAUGCAGUUGGUGGAGCAGCUGGAGGAGGCCAUAAACAUGUUUGAAAGGAACAUCACCGACUUGGUGGGAUCCUUUAUUGAAAAUGUCCAAAGCCUGAUGGCUCAGUGUAGGGACCUGGAGAACCACCACCAUGAGAAGCUCUUGGAGAUCUCUAUCAACACCCUCGAGAAGAUCCUCAAGGGCGACCUCGAUGAGGACCUGCCAGACGACGUGCGGGCGCUUUUUGUUGACAAAGAUACAGUUGUGAAUGCUGUUGGGGCAUCGCAUGACAUUCACCUCCUGAAGAUUGACAACCGUGAGGACGAGCUGGUGACCAGGAUCAACUCUUGGUGCACACACUUAAUAGACAAGGUUCACAGGGAUGAGAUCAUGAGGAACCGCAAGCGAGUGAAGGAGAUUAAUCAGUACAUCGACCACAUACAGAGUGAGCUGGACAACCUGGAAUGGGGCGACAUUCUAGAUUAG